GUAUUUGCUUUUUCAUCCAAGCCAUUGUUCAUCUCCUAAACUACAAAACAAAAUGGAUUGAUAAUUUGAAAUGAUGUUUUUACGUGACAUAAGAAGAAGUGAAGUUCAACAGAAAGGCUGAAGGCAUGUCACACAUCAACGGCGGAGUAGAUGUAGAUUUAGUUGGAUCCAAGGUGAAUGGAAGCUUACCAAACCUACCAUCUUAUGAGAAUGUUGUCAUGGAAAGAGACAGCUACCAUAAUGAUCAGUUUACAGAUGAUAUGAGGCUAAACCACGGUGCCUACACCAACGGCUAUUUACAAGAUGGACAUGACCCUGUGACGGUGUUUCCAGUUCUUCUUGAACUUACUGAGAACGAGAGACGAUUUGGUUUCUCCGUCGUGGGCGGCGUUGACGAGGGCUUUAGACCUCGUAUUGACGAAAUUGUCGAAGGUUUACCAGCUGCAAGGAAAGGAAUUAAAAUUGGAGAUGAAAUUGAGAAAGUCAACGAUAAAUCUGUCCGUUAUUCAACGCAUGCGCAGAUUGUAACCACCAUCCAUGAGAGUGUCAGACAAGGUCAAAUAACUUUAACAUUGAGAAGAAUUAAUAUCCGGAUGCCAGAUGAUACGAACAGUCUUCCUGUACGAGGUCGCCUUGGCAACCGCAAUAACAACGUCAAUGAUGUCCACGCAAACACGCCCGAGAAGUCCUACGAGAAACUCGUCCAUAAUCGUCAACCUCCGGCAUAUAAUGGCCGACUAUCCCACGAAGGCACGCCGACUGGCAGUCUCGAACAUCGUCGGAACGGUGGUCGGGAUUCCCCGCGAAACAAGAUGUCACCAUCGGGUUCAUAUACUUCCGGUUCGACGCUGAGUCUAAAUCACCAUGGCAACGCAAACGCGUCACCGUUACGAACAAUCGAUCAUGCGUUUGUCGGCAUGGAUAAUUAUGGAUACGAGUGGCGACAAAGUCAUUACGGGGUACCGGCACCUGCGUAUAAUGACGCCAUCCAUGGUCCCUCACGUGUCUCCUACAUGAGUUCUGUAGGCUCUGAUGAUACUAGUGUGCCAAUCAUGGAUUCCAAAGAUUGUCAAGCGUUCAUAUCUACGCUGAUGAGACACGCUGUGAAUAUUGAUGACGAUCAGUUGAUGAACGAUUUAAGAAACUUAGAAACAAGUCUUCAUACAAGACACUUUCGAAAUGCCCUUGCGAUGCAAUGUAAGAUUAUGGAGAUGGAGAAUCAGGGAAAAGGACCUCAUUUUGUGAACGCACAACGUGACGACGCGUCAGUGAUUCGAGCACAGAUCACAAACUUCAUUGCGAACCAACGAGUGUUAUCAAAUGAUGCGAGAGAAUUGGCUGAUAUUCUAAACUCUGUCAACGUUAGGGAACUGCUUGUUGCGCACGACCGUGCAGCCAAAAUCGAGCGUCCGAACUUCGUAGAAACCGAGACCUCGGCUGGAUUUGAACGUGGCGACAGCUACCGAGUAUCGCACGAUCGUAUCUCGGCGGACCGAGUGUCGACCGAAGACGACGAACACAUGAAAACGGUUAGAAUCGAGAAAGCGGAUGAACCACUUGGGGCGACGGUCCGCAACGAAGGGACAGCGGUUGUUAUUGGAAGAAUAGUUACUGGUGGAGUUGCGCAGAAGAGUGGACUUCUUCGUGAAGGAGAUGAGAUUAUCGAAAUUAAUGGAGUUAAUAUGCGUGGAAAGACUGUUGAAGAAGUCUGUGAGUUGCUGGCAGAUAUGAGUGGAACGUUGACGUUUUUGAUAAAACCUUCAAAUAAAUCACAUAAUUUGUUUACAUCGGCUGAGCUGCACGUCCGAGCUUUGUUCGACUAUGAUCCGAAUGUCGAUGAUUUUAUACCGUGCAGAGAACUGGGUCUGGCAUUUUCAAAGCGAGAUGUUCUGCAUAUUGUGAAUCAGGAAGAUUCGAAUUGGUGGCAGGCGUGGCGGGAAGGUACUUCUGGCCAAGAACUUGCUGGUUUGAUACCGGGUCGAAAUUUUCAAAAACAGAGAGAAGAGUUAAAAUCAAAAGGAAAGAAGGACGAGAGACGAAAAACAACAUCUUGCGGAUGUUUUGGUAAAAGUCGGGGGAAGAAAUCUUUGCGAAGUAGCGGAAGUGAAGACGAAGAUGAAGUUCUCACGUAUGAAGAAGUCGGCCUACUUCAGCCAAACAGAAGUCAUAAAAGACCAAUUGUUCUGAUAGGUCCAACCAAGAUCGGAAGACGAGAACUUCGACAUCGUUUGUUACAAGUCGCGCCAGAGAGGUUUGGUUUUGCAAUUCCUCACACGAGCCGACGACAGGACAAGGAAGAUAUUGACAGUAAGGAAUAUUAUUUUAUAACGAGACAUCAUUUCAAAGACUUGAUUGCGACUGGAAAAUUCCUGGAACACGGAGAGUACGAUGGUCACUUUUACGGAACGUCCUUGGACUCCAUUAAAGAAGUCGUCGACAGCGGUAAAGUUUGUGUUGUUAAUCUGCAUUGCCAGGCUCUCAAGAUACUCCGCGAAUCAAAGUUGAAACCCUAUAUUGUGUUCAUCUCUCCACCGACUGUGGAGAAAAUUAAACGUUUAAGGAGAGGAAAUAUGGAUUCUUUUAAUCCUAACGCCAAACUAAGUACCGACGAAGAGUUGUUGGAAAUGGUGAUGAGCGCUCAGGAAAUGGAAGAUGAUUACGGUCAUUAUUUCGACAAAAUAAUCGUUAACACAGACCUAGAACGAACCUUUGAUGAACUAAUAAAAGUAAUAAAUGAACUCGAAGCUAAACCACAGUGGGUUCCAGUCCGCUGGGUUCGAACCAAGUAAAUCGUAGUGUAUUUUUUACUUAUAUACAUAUAUAGAUAUAUACAUAUGUUAACAUUGGCGUAGCGCACUUAAGAUAUGCCAUAGGGUUAGGACGAGAACUAAAGCAACCUCUAAUGGUGUGGGUGAAACAGGGCCCCCACAAUACCAAGUAUUACAUGGGCCCCACCUUAGUAGUUCGUUACGCCUCUGUAGACAGAUUUACUUAAAUAAUAUUAAUCCACGCGUAUCGUAAGCUAUAGGUGAAAUACAGAGAGCGCUGUUCUAUGAAAGUACGAACCGACAAUUGUUUGCAGAUGGAUAUCUGGAAGAACAAAUUUGGAAAAGCUUUUAAGAGAUAGGGCAUUAUUUCUGUACAACUUCCUGCGACCCAUAAGGACACAAAGCUAAGACCUCCAUUGAAUUCAAGAGAUCAAGCAAGAGGUUUCGUUUAUAAAGAGAACUUAUGUAAUUUUAAUGUCUCUGAGGAAACGCCUUGUUUGUAUUGAGCAUAAAAGUAAAUGUUCACAGCAGAAACUCGCUAUUUUUUACCUUUAUAGUCAACUAAAUAUAUGCAAUGCAUUCUCGAUAAUGUAUGAAAUAAUAAUGAGACAUAACAUGAGAAUUACCUCCUAGAAUAUACAUAUAAAAGAUUAUUUUUGUAACACGAUGCACGUUUGUACAAUAUACACACAAAUACAUGCAUAUUAAUUCGCAUUUAUAACAAUAUAUACAAUGAAGUUAUUUGAUUAUAAUUGAAGAAAAUAAUAAAUUUGAUGUAAUGUAUGCAAAUGUAGAAUAAAGUGGCAGUU